AUGGAUAUUUCUCUGAAACAAGAUGGUGGGAUAUUGAAGGAGGUUAUUCAAGAAGGAGCUGGUGAUGAAUUGCCUACACAUGGAUGCAAAGUGUCUGUUCACUACACAGGAACCCUCACUGAUGGAACCAAAUUUGAUUCCAGUAGGGACAGAAAUGAACCUUUUAAAUUUGAUCUAGGAAAAGGUAGUGUGAUCAAAGCAUGGGAUAUUGGUGUGGCAACUAUGAAAAAGGGUGAGCGAGCAUUGUUAACAUGUGCACCAGAAUAUGCCUAUGGUGAAGCUGGCAGUCCUCCAACCAUUCCACCAAAUUCCACUCUGAAAUUCGAUGUUGAAGUCAUCAGUUGGCAAGGUGAAGAUUUGAGUCCAAAAAAUGAUGGUGGCAUUGAGAGAAUACACAUCACACCAGGCGAAGGAUAUUCAACACCUAAUGAAGGGGCCAUAGUAGAAGUACACUUCACUGGAAAAUACGAUAACAAAGUAUUUGAAGACAGAGAGGUAACUUUCACUGUCGGAGAGGGUUCCGAAGCAAACAUCAUUCCAGGCAUAGAGAUCGCUGUUGAGCAGUUUAAGAAAGGAGAAACAUCUCGGCUCAUAAUUAAGCCGAAAUAUGCUUUUGGUAUUGACGGGUCUCAGAAAUAUAAUAUACCUCCAAAUGCCACAGUAGAAUAUAUUGUUAGUUUGAAAAAAUUUGAGAAAGCGCCUGAGAGCUGGUCUCUAGAUUCUCAAGACAGGAUUGAACAGUCAAAAUUAUUCAAAGAGAGGGGAACAGGCUAUUUCAAAAAUGGGAAAUAUGAGUUAGCCAACAAAUUGUAUAAGAGGAUUCAGUCAUACUUGGAGUCUGAAAGUGAUAAGAGUGUAGAAGAAGCGAAAAAUUCUCUUCUACUAGCAUCCCACCUCAACAUAGCUCUUUGUCAGCUGAAACUCAAGGACUAUUUCGAAGCCCGAUCUGCUGCCUCAGCGGCUCUGAAGCUAGAUCCCAAUAAUGAAAAAGCUCUUUUCAGACGAGGUCAGGCUCUGGUGAGUCUAAAAGAACCUGAGUUAGCCAGUAAAGAUUUCAGCAGGUGUCUCGAAAUUGAUCCAAAUAACAAUGCAGCCAAACAACAGCUGGCCGUUUGUACUAAAAUACUAAAUGAACAGCUACAGAAGGAAAAGAAAAUUUAUGCAAACAUGUUCGACAAAUUUGCAAAGAUGGAUACACAGGUGAAAACAAAUUGA